GAAAUUUAUAUAAACUAACACUACAAGUCUUAAUACUUCACAAUUUUACUAGUAGUCUAUUUUGUAGUUUAUUUCAUUAAACAGAAGACAAUAUUAAUAAAUUUAUUUUCACAGAAAAUCAUGAAUUUUUACAAUACAAGCUUACUUCAUUUUGUGUUUAUUAUCAUUUUGGCUUCUAUUAUAUUAUUAUAUAUUAUUUAUAAGGCGAAAAAUUGGCGAAAAUUUGAAUUAAUCAAAAAAAUACCAGGACCAGAUGGUUGGUUUCUAGAUGGAUUACUAUCUAUUGUAACACUUCCUCCGGAGAAAAUGCUAGUAAAAGGUCUUGAGCUAUACAAAAUUUAUGAAAAAACAACCAUUAAAACAUGGAUUUUCAAUUAUCUUUAUGUAUUUUUAACAAACGCAGAAGAUAUAGAAGAAGUUAUUACUAAUCCAAAAUUUAAAAGAAAAUCUAGAGAGUAUUUAGUUUUACAAGAAUCUAUAAUGGGCCAAGGAAUAUUUUCAAUUGAUAAUAUAAAUCAAUGGAAAAGUAAUAGAAAAAUGGUAAUCGCAGGAUUUAACUAUACAAUAAUGAGAUCAUUUUUACCGGUUUUUUAUGAAGAAGCUUGUGUUCUAUUAAAAGUUCUACAUAUGCAAUGUAAUCAGAAUUCAAAAGGGUGUGAUAUAAGUGUACCAAUUAGUAACGCAACUAUGGAAAUGAUUGGUAGAAAUGCUCUUGGUAUAAAAUUUAAUGCACAAAAUGGUGUCAAGCAUGAAUUCAUAGAAAACUUGUUUAAUACUAUGACGGUCUGGGAGUAUAGGAUAACACAUCCCUGGUAUUUAAACAAAACUAUUUUUCAAUUUUCUACACUGAAACAUAAACAUGAUCGUAGUCAUAAAAUCAUUAAUGAAUUCACGGACAAUAUAAUAAAAAGUAAAUUAGCUGAAAUUCAAAAAAACAAGGAAUGUAUAAACAACGACGAAAUAGAACAAAAAAAUAUAUCAACCAAAUCCAAAACGUUUAUAGAGAUUUUAUUACAGAAUUUCCAAAACAUGUCUCAUAAACAAAUUCGAGAUGAAAUCAUAACUAUCAUGAUUGGAGGCCAAGAAACUACAGCAAUGGCAAAUGCUUGUAUUAUUUUUAUGUUAGCUCAUCACCAACAUGUUCAAAAUAAGGUUUUUGAAGAAUUAGAAGAAAUAUUUUCGGUUGGAGAUCUGAAUAGACAACCAACGUAUGAAGAUUUACAGAAAAUGGUGUAUCUAGAAAGAGUAAUUAAAGAAACGCUAAGACUUUAUCCACCAUUACCAAUUAUUGGUAGAAACUUAGAAGAGGAAACCAAAAUAGGAGAAUACAUAAUACCAGCAAAUACAUCAUUGUAUAUCUUUGUGAUUGGCCUACAAACUAGCUCAAAAUAUUAUGAAAAUCCAGAAAAAUUUAAUCCUGAUAAUUUUUUACCAGAAAAAUGCCAUAAUCGCCAUCCAUAUGCAUAUAUUCCAUUUAGUGCAGGUUAUAGAAACUGUAUAGGGAUAAAAUACGCUAUGCUACAGAUGAAAACCGUAAUUUCGACAAUGAUACGAAAGUUUCGAUUUUUACCAUCUGAUAAAUGUCCUACAACAAAUGAUUUAAGACUUAUGUUUUUAACGACUUUAAAAUUUGUGGAUGGUUGUCAUGUUAAAAUAGAGAAUAGAAUAAAAAAUGAAAUAGAAAAAAUAAUCAAGUAAGAUAACAACGGAUUCGUCAGAAACAUUUAUAUAAAUAUUACUUUUUAAAAAUCUUGUUAAAUGGAUAGUAAAAAUUCAAUACAAAUAAUUAUAAUUAUAUUUAUUGUCUAUUAUUUAUAAUCAUACUCCAUACGAUUUGAUUAAUUGAUAUACAUU